GCUUUAUUACCUACAGUUAUCAGCAUAGAGGUUACCAGAAUGGAUUAACGCCGCACCGCGCCGAUUGCUGUGCAAGUUUUAUUCAUUUUCCAGCCUGGUCAGAUUUAACAUCAAUACUCUUUCCUAAGAUUUUCUUAAUCCAAACAAAACUUUUAAUGACAAAAUGAUGACAAGAAUAAUGCACAAUCGUUUUUGUUUUUAAUGGCUUUUGACUGUCAAUUUUGAUAGUUUGUUUUUAAGUUUUUAUGAUAUAUUUACAAUUUUAUUUAAUAGUUUAAUAUGGCUAAGUUUUUAUUUAGUACGAUUAAUCUACAAUGCUCGUUAUAAAAAUAUAAUGUAAUCCAUCAAAUGCCUGAAGAGAUAUUCGUCAUAUGAGAGCAUGGAUUUGCAUAGAUUGCGAGUGGUGGAGUUCGAUACGUUAGUAAGUGAACAAAAAGGCGAUAAUAAGUAUAUUCCUGAACUUGAAGAACCUGUAGAAGAAGACUGUAAAAAAAGCGCCGUUGAUAAUACAGACGAAACAAAUGAAACUGAUAGCACCAUAAAAGGCUUGGCUGAAGCCAAUAGUCCUACCGAACCAUCGAAAUUAUGUCAAGGUGAUGUCAAGAACUCGCCAAGCACGUCCAAAAAAUAUAUUGGUGUUACCAAUAUCCCGAUAGUCGCAACCGCAAAUUGUGCAGGAGACACAUUAAGCCCUCUAAGAAUAACAUCGAAUAAAUAUAAGCGUGAACAAAAUAAACAAUCGGGGACACCAAUCAAGUUUCUAGGUAACAGAUUAAGCAGACCAAGAACAUCAAAAAAAAAUCUUGGUUCCUAUCUGGGUCUGCCAGGUACAUCUAAACAAUGUGCUGUUGACAGCACAAGUGUGCCUGGAACAUCAAAAAAUUCAAGUUCUUCCAUCAGUCGUAAAUCAAAAAGCGAAAUAUUUAAAAUUCCUUCAAAAUAUAAAUGGAAAAACCGUGAACACAAAUAUAAUUUGAGUGUUGUUGAUAUAACGAAACAGUUCCAUGAAAGUGCACACACGCGGCAGAAGAGACGACCCCUUAAUUUGUUCAACAGAAAAUCUAGGUGUGAUCAACAUGUAGGAGCUGUACACGCAAAGAACGAAGAAGUCAAUUUUGUGUUUGUGCGUGAUACUCCUAGUUUUAUUAAGUACUGUAAAAGAAGAGCAGAGAAACAUGAUAAGGGGAAAAAAAGAAAAAGAGAUACCAAAUUACCAAGUGACAUCUUUGGUUUCCAGAAAAAAACCCGAUACUUCGAUCCAUAUCUGUAUCAAAUGUCUUGUCAUCCAUUCAAAAAGUUGCGAAAAGGAUUUCACCGAAAGCCUAAAGAACCUGUGUGUCUUCCGGACUGUCUUUGUAAGCAUCACACAGUGAAAGUACUUAAUUCAGGCGGACAAGGCGAGCCGGCAUCGUCCCUUUAUUAUAAUAUACACAGUCCCCAUCUACAUAAACCUCACCGCAGGCGUCGCUAUGAUGAAGACGAAUCAUUCCAGAGAGACCGUGUUUGGUUUAAGGGCAAGGAUGUUACUGUAGGUGUUUCCCCUUCGUCGUUAACUCCGUUAAUAAGAUGCCGUUGCGAUGCCCGUAUAGGCCCUAGCAAAGCGGAGGUUGCAAACCUUUCGAGUGCCACCCCCGGGCCGCGCAGCCCAGCCCGCCCGUCCGAUACCCCGGGACCCCUCGGUUCUGGCGAAGCUCCGUCAGCACCGUCAAAGCCAAAAGGCAAAGGGAGUAAGACAAAGAAGCCAUACCCCCAACACAGCACGCCAAGCCCGAGUACCGCAGGACCUUCUCCGGCAUCAACCAAGCGACACCCGGUCGCUCCUAUAAAGAAAGGUAAAAAAGUUAAAAAAAAAAAUGUCGAUGCUUGCAAGGAACGUAAAAAAAUAAUAUCAGAUCAUUGGAAGAAAUUUCUUUCUAAAUUUAAAAAAAUUAAAAAACUUAAAACAGUGAAUAAAAAAGAAACAGGAAAAAAGGCUUUAAAAUAUAUAUUUUUUGGACUAUUGAUUAUGGCGUGGUCUCCAUGUCUGCUGGCGGUAAUUUUGGUAUGGGCAAUAUCGUGUCCUAUAAAGAUGACAACCUUAGUCAAAGCUGAUUAUGGUGUAUCUUCAAAAAAAUCUAUCCCAUUGAUACAUUCAUUCCUGAAUCGAUUUCGCAAGAGAGGCACAGAAAGUGAAUACCAAAGAAUGUGUUUUGAAAAUGGUAUACCUACUACUAGGAGCUUUAUGACUUCAGUAGCAAGUUGGUAUGCACGUGCCGUCGGAACUGUUAUGAACUCUUUUAAUGCCAUGAUAUCUAUGCUGAAACUUAAAAACGUUCCAACACGCGCUGCCUCUUCGUUUUUGCCAUCCAAUCAUCCGAACCCGAGGAAGAAGUACACUAUGUGCUAUGCGGACAAUAGAGGAUGGAUGAUGAAACCACCACGACGCAGCAAUUCACGGUCUUAUGCCAGCACUCGGGUAGUUCAACAUAUGCGAUGCGAAUGUAACCCUACUUUUUGGGUCAAAACAGGCCCUAGAAAAAAUGACAUUAGGAAAAGUACAUGUCAAAAUAUAAUUCAUGAAUGUCCGGUUCAUGGAAGUCAAUGCAUUCCCAAUUUUGGAAAGGCUGAGUCUUCGCCAGCAGGUGAUGCCGGCCCGGUUACUUGUGGGGAUAAAUGUACUCGAAAACAGGAUUAUCGUCCACAACACCAACAGCGUAACGCACCGAGACACGGACGCAUUGCUGGUGAUGGAGUACGACCACAAUAUCCAGACUUUAAUAAGGUAUUAAUGCGCUAUCCUGGCCAAAAUUUUGGACGUAAUCGAUCAGAACGUAUUGCUCCUGCCAAAAAUUACCCAGCAGCACCUGGACUUUUUAAGUCUCCAAAUCGUGGGAAAUGUUACAAUAAUCCAGCAAAUAGAUGUGGACCGAAACCAUGCACUAAUGAGGACGCUCUAAGGCGUGCCUAUAAACGCAGACCAUUAAGAUAUGUUCCACCAUCUAAACCAGCAUCACCAUCUAAACAGGUAUCCAAAUCCAAAGUUUCUCUUCCUAAGCUUCCUAAGCUCAAACAAGCAAAAGAAAAGAAGGAAAAGCCGGAAAAGCCGGAAAAGCAGGAAAAGAAGGAAAAGAAGGAAAAGAAGGAAAAAAAGGAAAAGCCGGAAAAGAAGGAAAAGAAGGAAAAGAAGGUAGUUAAACCAAAAAAGGUUAUAAAAAAAAAAGUUAAAUCUAAUAAAGUCAAAGGUCCAUCAUUCUUUGUAUGUCUUCGAGAAUUGGUUCAAAAGGCUGAGAAGGAGGCAUGGCCAAUUGAAGUUUCAUGUCGUCCCAUUUGGAUACACGCUUUGAAGCAUAGACCUUGUUUCUGGAUUUAUAAGUACUUCCCAUCAAUCUAUCCAACUUUCUUAACUUGUUACAAAUUUCAGCGAGAUGUAUGCCGACUGUUAACGUACUGUUUAGCAAUAUGUGUAUGGUGUCCUGCGAUUUUCUGCUAUUAUAUUUGUAGCUCUCUGUUUUGCAAAGUUCUUUGAAGUUAAAAUAUGUAUGUUUAUAUAUUGAAUAAAUAAUAAUAUUAAUAA